CCAUUCUCACUAGACCUUCGGGCUCCGCCCCCAAACAGAGCAUUGGUGUUGGCAUCAGCGCUGGGGCUGUUGAGCAGUCCACUCGCCAGCUGCACUAGGAGGUCGCGCUCAGGCUUCCAGGGUUUCCCUCUUCUCUGACCUCUCCUCCGGACGGACUUCCUUCUCCUCCCAAGGUCCGCGCAGCGGGGGCGCGGCUGUGGAGCCCGGGAAAGCGGCGAUGGGGCCGAGGCCACCGAGGAGGUCACGGGGCGGCGCGCGCCCGGCAUCCCGGCCGCCCGCCAAGUGCCGGCCGCCCGCCCAGUCCCGGACCCCGGCUCAGCCGCAGGGCUCGCGGCUGUGGCUCUUCCCCGACGCCCCGGACCUCGGCAGCGCGCUGUCCCGCAGGGCCGACGCGACGCGCCAGGUGUGCUGCGCGCGGGGGCGCCUGGCGGUGCUGGAGCGCGGCGGGGCCGCCGUGCAGGUGCACCAGCUGCCGGCGGGGAGCGACGGCGCCAAGAAGCCGAAAUGCAUUAAAUUAGGAAAAAAAAUGAAGAUACAUUCUGUGGACCAAGGAGCAGAGCACAUGCUGAUUCUAUCCUCAGAUGGAAAACCAUUUGAGUACAACUAUAGCAUAGAACAUGAAAGGCUUCAAUGUUAUAGUUUUUUUCAAGAAAAAACUAUAAUUCAAAUCACAUGUGGAGAUUACCAUUCCCUUGCACUCUCAAAAGGUGGUGAGCUUUUUGCCUGGGGACAGAACUUAGAUGGCCAACUUGGACUUGGGAGAAUACUUGACUCGACCCCCACACCACAGCUUGUGGAGCACCUCUCAGGAGUCCCCUUGGCUCAGAUUUCUGCAGGAAAAGCCCACAGCAUGGCUUUAUCCAUGUCUGGAAACAUUUACUCGUGGGGAAGAAAUGAUUGUGGACAACUAGGCCUGGGCCACACUGACAAUGAAGAUCGCCCUUCCCUUAUUGAAGCCCUGGACAACCAGAAAGUUGAAUUCCUUGCUUGUGGUGGCUCUCACACUGCCUUGCUCACAGAGGAUGGGCUCCUGUUUACUUUUGGUGCUGGAAAACAUGGGCAGCUUGGUCACAAUUCAACACAGAAUGAGUUAAAACCCUGUUUGGUGGCUGAGCUCCUUGGGAAUAGAGUAACCCAGAUAGCAUGUGGAAGGCGGCACACACUUGCCUAUGUGUCUGAUUUGGGGAAGGUCUUUUCUUUUGGUUCUGGAAAAGAAGGACAACUGGGAAACGGUGGAACACAGAAUCAGCUGAUACCACUUCCCAUGAAAUUGCCAUCAAAUGAAGAACUCAAAUUUGAAAGCCAUACCUCAGAAAAUGAGUUAAUAAUAAUUGCUGGAGGAAAUCAAAGCAUUUUGCUCUGGAUGAAAAAAGAGAAUUCAUACGUUAAUCUGAAAAGGAAAAUUCUUACAUUGAAUGAAGGGACUGUGAAGAGAUGGAUUGCUGAUGUGGGGACUAAGCAGUGGCAAAAUACAAAAAGGGAAAUCACAGAGAUAUUUUCAUCUCCUGCAUGUCUGACUGGAAGUUUUGUAAGGGAAAGAAUAGCUGCAGACACCAUGUUUACUCAUUUGGACUUAACUAAAGCAAGAAACACCUUUCAGGAGUUAACCCAGAAAGACUGGAUUACUAACAUGAUAACUACAGGUCUCAGGGAUCAUCUGCUCGGAGCUCUUCCAUGCCGUUCUCCACACCAAGAAGCGUUGUCAGUUUUCCUUCUGCUCCCUCAAUGUCCUGUGAUGCAUGAUCCUAGGAACUCGGGAAGUCUGGUGGUUCCCUUUGCACAGGCUGUUUGUAAAAUGAGUGACCGAUCUUUAGGAGUCCUGAAGCAGUGUUGGGCGUCUUUGCAAGAGUCUUCUCUCAACACACUGGUCCAGAUGCUUAAAUCAGCCAUCAUUGCUCAAAUGAUUUAUUCGGUUGAAACACCUCAGAAUAACUGCAAUCUUAAAGCUCUUCUAGAAAUGAUGAAAGAAGUGUACAAGGUAAACAAAGCUACUUGUCAACUACCAGAGGAUACUUUCAUCAUAAAUGAACUCUCCACUAAGUUGAACUUUAUUGAAGAAAGAAAAAUAAUGUUCCAGAGAGAUAACUACCAGAUAACUCCAGGAAACUUCAGUCCCAUUAUUUUCAGUGAAUUUCCAUUUAUCUUUAAUUUGUUAUCCAAAAUUAAAUUAUGGCAAGCUGAUUCCAUUAUGAAAAUACUGGAGUCACAAAUUACACAUAUGUUUUCACCCGUAUUUUUACUUCAAGUCAGACGAAGUCACCUAGUUGAUGAUGCUCUGUAUCGAUUAAACCAAGCUGAAGUCACUGACCUUCGGAAAGAAUUGGUGAUUGAAUUUAUUAACGAAAUUCGUUCUGUGGGUUAUGGGGUAAAGUCCGAGUUCUUCUACUUCAUGUUUGAAGAGAUGACCAAGACAGAAUAUGGAAUGUUCAUGUAUCCUGAAGAGGGUUCCUACAUGUGGUUUCCUAUCAGUGCUAAAAUUGAGAAGGAGAGAUAUUUCCUCUUUGGGAGGCUGUGUGGACUCUCCCUGUACCAUUUAAAUGUUGCGGAUAUUCCUUUCCCACUGGCUCUGUUUAAGAAACUUCUGGACCAAAAGCCAUCACUGGAAGAUUUAAAAGAACUCAGUCCCCUUUUGGGAAAGAAUUUGCAAGAAGUUCUAAGUUAUGAGGCUGAUGACAUUGGAGAAGCACUUUGCAUAUAUUUUUCUCUACGAUGGGACCAACAUAAUGUUGAUUUAAUUACAAAUGGGAUCUCUAUACUUGUGGACCAAACCAACAAGACCGACUAUGUUUCUCAGUGUGUUGAUUACAUUUUCAACACUUCUGUAAAGGCAGUUUAUGAGGCAUUUCAGAGAGGAUUUUAUGACGUCUGUGACAAAGAGAUACUUAGACUUUUCCAUCCUGAAGAACUAAGGACAGCAAUAACUGGAAAUACUGAUUAUGACUGGGAACAAUUUGAAAAGAAUUCAGUAUAUGAGCCAGAAUACCAUGAAUCACAUCCUACUAUACGGAUGUUUUGGAAAGCUUUCCACAGAUUAACUUUGGAUGAAAAGAGGCAAUUCCUCUUUUUUCUUACAGGAAAUGAUAGGCAGACUGCAAGAGGAUUACAAGAAAUGAGAAUCAGAUUUCGCUGUCCUGAAACGUUGAGUGAAAGAGAUAACCCAAGAGCACUCGUGUGUCAUAGUAUUCUGGACCUCCCUGAAUAUUCUACAAUGGAAAGACUGGAGGAAGCACUUCAAGUAGCCAUCAGAAGCAACCGUGGAUUUGUCUCGCCCACAGUCACACAGAGAUAAUGACCUCAGGGAGUCUCAGCGAGGCCUCAGGUUCCCAGGUUCUCUCACUCUUGGAUUCAGAUGUUCUUCUUUAGUUCUAAUUAGUACAAAGGGUUGAUGAUUUUAGUUAGAAUUAAUAAAUAAAUGUUGAGAUUAGCAAAAAGUGAUGAAUCAAGAUAAUAUUUUUAAUCAAUGAACAUUUCCUGAUCCCUAAACUUGUUAUCUAAUAUUUGCCUUUUAGUGACUUACUUCCUGAACAAUAAUUACCAUUUAAAUAUAAGGUGAAUAGUAAAAGCUA